UGGAACAGUAAUUCUGGUGGACCGACGGAGAGGCACAUCUUGCUCAUCAUCUGCAUCAUCAUCCGCAUCAACAUCAUUCGGUUGGUAAUCUGGAUCAUUCACAAUAUCAAUUUAAGGAGCGCAUUGUUAGUACAAUGCCGCGCUGGAAAAAAAAGGAGUUCCAUUUACCUGACAAGGCACGAGGUACUAGCUACUGUGACUCUGAAUAUCUGAUUAUGUGCUUGCCUUUGGUCUGCUUUUGAAUUUCGUAUUGAGAAGUCAAACCAGACGCUGAGACCGUGUCAAUAGUCCCAUGGGUCGAGAGCUGGUCAGUGGCACUGAGCUAUGAAUCUCAUGGCAUGUUCCUUGCAGAGUUGCAGCUGUGUGAUUGUCAACUGGCUAUUUGGGAAGCCUCACAACGUUCAGUGGUUGGAACCAGAAAAUGCUGGAUCUUAGUGCUGAUGGCAAAUGGUUAUACCCGCUGCUUGGCUUCCUCUUAGGAUUGUUUCUUGCGUCAUACUCCAUCAUUCUUGGGGUAGAAACAGCCAAAGGUUUCAGAUGGCUUCUUCAAAGAAGAGCUUCUUCUUCUUGGCGAACUGAUAUAUGGGAAGACACAUAUCAAAUAGAGUAACAUUUUAGUAUAACGCUCAUUUUUAUUAUUGUCAUCUUAUGGUUUGAUGGUGGUGUUUCAGGAUGAAUCUGGAAACACCAUGAACUCAUGGUUAAGGACGAGAAGACCCUUCUCUUUGGUGAGAAGCCAGUCUGAGUCACUGUCUUCGACAUUAGGAACCCUGAGGAUAUCCCAUGGGGUGAGGCUGGUGCUGACCUUCGUUGUUGAGUCUACUGGUGUUUUUACUGACAAGGACAAAGCUGCUGCUCACUUGAACGGUGGUGCCAAAAAGGUUGUUAUCUCUGCCCCAAGCAAGGACGCUCCCAUGUUCGUCGUUGUGAGGGAGCCAUGCAACUAACAUUA